UUUCAAACUCUUUUUGCUUUCCCUCCCACGAAAUCCCGUUAUAAACCCUAGACCAGAUUUGGGGUGCCAAUUCGAAUUUCAAAUUCUCGUUCUCAAGCUCGAGGGUCGCAACUACCCAUCUCGGAAGAAAAGAAUGGAAAAUUUGACACUGGAAAAGACCGCUAAAGAAAUGUCAAAAAGCAUGGAAGCUUCUUCUGAGACUGAUCGCCUUGAAGGUGAUUUUUCGUCUCCAACGCCGGUAAAGACAAAAGAACCAUCACGUGUUAAGAGCAAGGAAGAGUUGGCGAAAUUUCCGGAAAAGUAUGAGAUGUUAUUUGAAUUAUUUGAGCGAAUGACAAGUUCAUUGAGGUUGCUAUGUCUGCGUAAACGGAUCCCAACUUUUCAAAACAUCCAAACUCAAGUGGAAAUUCUGACUGGAAGGAAAUUCCUGCUCACGCAUCUUGCACAAAUGAAGUCUAUACUUCCCGAAGCAGUUGAAAUUGAGAAGAUUCUCGUACAUGAUGAGAAAACCAAGUGUAUGAAGCCAGAUAUGAAGAUUGCAUUGCUCUUAGAUGUUGUAAAAGAUCAUAAUGAAGAAUCCUCAUAUAUAGCUCUGGGAAAGGUUUUCUCUUCCAGGCUACGUGAGUUUUACAUAUCACACCCUGAGGGUAAUGAUGUACCUGAAGCUGCACUACCGGAGCCCUUCAACCAUAAAACUAUCAACAUCAAGACAGACUUGUUAUCUGAGGACCUGUCAACUUCUUCUGAGGCAGCGAUAUUAAAUCUGUCUCAUUUUCCACCUUCUUUCAAAAGACGAUUUCAUACAGAGGCUGCUGCUGUGUCCCUCGAGGCAACUGAUAUCUCUUCACCUUUGAAAUCUGGUUCUGAGGCUAAUGAAGGGAUUAAUGAAGAUAAAUCUGCAUCUGAGGCUAAUGGAGAGAUUGUUGAAGAGGUUGAAACACUAAAAUCACUUCCUAAUUCUUCUUCCACUGUCUCUGCAGAGGAAAGUACUCCUGUAAAGCUCUUACUAGGGAGUGAUAGUGUUUCAGUUGAAACCCCUGUAUUGUCUACUCCUACGAGAUCGAUUUCACCAACUCGUGCUGUGCUCACCUGUGAGGAUGAGGACAAGAUGGCAGGGAGCCAAACAGGGAAGCAGUCCACUUCGAGUGCUAAGAAAUCGUUAGAUUUUUAUGGCAUGGACAAUGAAGAUGCUGGCUUCUCGAAUAAGCAAAGCACUGUUUGCCUUUCCGAGUUUGUUUGUAUAAUUCACCAAAUAUUUCAAGCUGUGAACUUUUGUCCAAUCACGAAGGAAGAACUUGUUCAGAAGAUUAUUAUGGACAGUUUCGAGUUUGAUGACCGCCAUGAGGUUGAAAUGCAUAUGGAGGGCCUCGAGAAGCUGGUUCCGGAUUGGUUUUGUAAGAAAUUGGCAUGUAGUGGUGACCUUUUGUACAGCAUGAAGAAAGUUUCGGAUCUGAAGUCCAUUCGUGAAAGAGUUAAUGUCAUGUAAUCAGAGGGGCAUAUUCAUCCAACCGCAGUCCUAAUAGGAGUUGAAUAGAAAGGGUCUCAAUCUUAGUAUCCUGUUUUGUAUUAGAAAUUGAAGACUUGCUCAUUAGGCAAUCUGGUUUGAGUUUGUAGAUGAUUGUCAUCACUAACAAAGAUUGCUGUGAGAACUUAUGCUUCCCUUUGGGAAAGUUGUGAAUUGCCAAUACAUAAUCAACGAUGUUGUUUGUAAUCUUGGUCCGACUAAUCGAUUCAGUAAUAUUGGGAAUAUGGUGCAUAAAAUGGCAUUGUUUCUGCCUGCUUUCAAACAGUCUCUACUUGUUGGCUAUGGCACUUUUGGAGAGAUUCAAGUUCCUCUCUUCUUUUCCAUUUUUUCUUUUAGAAAGUUCAAUUAUUAAUUAGUUAAAUUUUGUUUAUAGCCAAAAUAAGACAU